CUCCGUUUCCCACGAGACGCUCCCAAUCCGACCAGAACACGAAAGCAGCCAUUCCCAUUCGGAAAACGAUAGAUCGGUAGCAGUCAAGCGCGAUGGCCUCGGGUGGAAAGUCUGCGGAAGGCUCCGUUAGGAGCCACAUGUUGGCCACGAAUAUCCGCCGGAAAAACACUAAAAAGGGAUUGGCGUUCACGGUCAUGGUUGUCGGAUCCUCCGGUCUGGGAAAGAGCACUUUCAUCAACACCCUAUGCGAAUCGCCAAUAAUCGCAAAGAGGGAUUUCGGAAACCCAGAAAAAGCCGCCAUAGAGAAAUCCGUCGCUAUAACACCCGUAACAGUUGAUAUCGAAGAGGAUGGCAUCAAGCUGGCGCUGACUAUUGUUGACACCCCCGGGUUUGGUGACAACAUCAACAACGAGGGAACGUUUUUGGAUAUUCUUUCCUACAUUGAGAAGCAAUACGACAACAUUGUAGCUCAAGAGUCUCGUAUCAAGCGUAAUCCCAAGUUCCAAGACAACCGCGUUCACGCACUUCUGUACUUCAUCCCACCAACCGGCCACUCCUUACGCGAACUGGACAUCGAGUUCAUGCGGAAACUCGGAGCUCGUGUCAACGUCAUUCCCGUCAUCGCAAAAUCUGAUAGCAUGAGCCCACCAGAACUGGCAUCAUUCAAGAAGCGUGUGAUGGAGGACAUUGCCCACUACCAGAUUCCGAUCUACAACUUCCCCUAUGACGAUGAAGAGGACGAUGAGGAGACGAUAGAAGAGAACAACGAGCUCAGGGCCCUGUUGCCUUUCUCUGUCAUCGGUAGCGAAGAAGAGGUUGCUAUCAACGGGAGGCGGAUGAGAUGUCGCCAGUACCCGUGGGGGAUUGUAGAAGUUGACAACGCAAGACACUGCGACUUCUCCAAACUGCGGUACAUGCUCCUCAGCUCGCAUCUGCAGGACCUGAAGGAGAUCACACAUGACUUCCUGUACGAGCAAUACCGUACCGAGAAGCUCAGUGGGGAGGGAGGCGCCGAUGGGGCUGAUGUUGAUGAGGAGGACGCGGAAUAGACUGGGUUGGUUUCUUUGCGCAGUGCG